AUGAAAUAUGUUCCUCCUCAUUUAAGAGUUCACAAUGAUGAGAAACCUGAGGCGCCUGUUGAAAAUGUUGUAGAAGAUUUGAAAGAAAAAGUUGUAGAACUAAAAAAAGAAGAAAAGGAAAUCGAUACAGAUAGUAGCACUGAAGGAGACGAGUUUGAUAUUGUUUUAAAUAGUGUUGUGAUUAGUCAAAUAUCUAAAAAUAAAGACUUAGGUGGGGAAUUGUUAGGUUACUAUAUAAAAAAUAAUGAUGAUAAAAAGAAGAAGAAGAAGAAGAAAAAAAAAAAAUCCAAAAACAAUAAUAAUGAUGAUAAUGAAAAGAAUGGUAAUCAAGAUGUAAAAGAUGAAGAAGAUGGUGAUGAUGAAGAAGAUGAAGAUGAUGAUGACGAUGAUGAAGAUGAUGAUGAUGAAGAAGAUGACGAUGAUGAAGAUGAUGAUGAUGAUGAAGAAGAUGAUGAUGAAGAAGAUGAUGAAAAUGAUAAUGAGAAGAAGAAUAAGAAAAAAAACAAAAAGAAUAAGAAAAAGAAUAAAAAAAAAGAUAAUAAAAAACCUAAUGUUGUAGAUAUUAAUCAAUCAUUUUGUGUUAGUAAUAUUGAAGAUAUAUGUAUUGAUAAAAUUAUGAAAUUAACAAAUAAAUAUGAAUUACCAAAACAAAGAUAUAAUGAAUUAUUAAAUAAUUUAACAUUAUAUUUUAAUAAAAAUAAAUAUGAAGAAGAAGGAGAAAAAUAUAUUAAUGAAGUUAUUAAUUAUUAUGAAGAUUAUGUAAAUAUAAUGUCUGAACUUAAUUUUGAAACAACCACUUUUGGAUUUUAUAUAAAUAUUAAUGAUAUAAGAAAAAAAGAAGUAUUAGUUACUCUAUUAUUAUGUUCUCUAAUUAAUAAGAACUCAUUUGUUUUAUGUUUCUCAGAGAAAUAUGGAAAAUUAAUUUUUUCAGCAUAUAAAAUUGAUGUCGAUGUUAUAUUUGAAAUUAAAAAUCAAAUAAAAAAUUCAACAUUUAAUCAGUUUAAUGAUAUAUUGAAUGUAGAAUUAAAAAAAAAUGGACUUAAUAGUAAAAACAUCUUACAACCUGUUCCCAUUGUUAUUAAAAAUUCUGUUAUUAGUUCUAUCUUUUUGAAAGUUCUUAAAAAUAAAAAUAAAAAUUAUAUCUCCUCUCUAGAUUAUUUGAAUACAUUAGAAGUUGAUUCCUUAGAAAACCAUGUUCAUGAAACCUGUAAAUCACUUGAACUUUUAAAAACAGAACAAGAAAAAUUAAUUAAAUAUAAAAAAGAUGUUUUCAAACAAUUACAAACACAAAAAGUAUACCAAGAAAAAAAAAAACUUGAAAAAGAAAAAAAUAAAAUUGUACAUGAUAAUCCAGAUACAAAUGAUGAAGAUAUCAAUAUGCAAAAUCUAUUUAAAAAUAUUCCACAACCAUCCUUAUUAUUCCCUUAUGUCUUAACAAUGAGCAAUAACGUACUUAACGAUAAUAUUAACAAUUUGUGUAGUCAUGCUAUAGCCAAAUCUUAUUUGUACUAUAAAAAUGCAAAACCAUAA